UUGGCCCAGCAGCCUACUCGACUCACACACUCCAUAUAAUAGUUCAAGACAAAGCUACCUAAGAUUUAAAAUGCAGAGAAGAACUUUUGAAACUAUGAUACUCAGCAAAAAUAUCCUGCUAAGGAGUCUUGCUUGGCAACGAUAUCAGGCCAUAAGAACUCUUUACAAUUCAGGCAGUGUGAUGCAGAACCACUAUGAACUUCUUGGCCUCAAGAGAGACAGUACCCCAGAAGAAAUAAGGGAGUCAUUUAUUCGUCUAUCAAAGGAGUAUCAUCCAGAUACAAACCCAGAUUCUACUAAACUCCACACAAAGUUUGUUGCUGUGAAUGAAGCGUACUCUGUUCUCAGUAAGCCUAACUUACGCCAGGUUUACGAUGCAGAGUUGGCAAACAAAGAGAGACAAGACAUGUACAACUAUGGUGGUAUCAAAACUAAUGCACCACAAGAGAGAGUGAUAUUCCAUGAUGAUUCCCUCUGGGAGAUGCGUGAUCGGAGUGAAGAUCAGAAAUAUGCACAUCACCCAUAUUAUGGCAUUCGAGGCAUUAAGAAGAAGCUUCCGAAUUCCUACAUUGCUGCUGGUGCUGUGGUGUUCAUGAUCGUUGGUGCUAUCUUCCACUUCUUUCUUGCCAAAAAAUCCUCCGACUUUGCUAUUGAGCAGUUGAAUCGCCGAGACCAGAUAGCCAGCAGAAACCACAUGAUGGCGAGGGAACAGGCAAAGCUCAAUGGCAAUGAACUUCAGUUAACUCUCUUACGGCAGAGAAUAGAAGAAGCAAACAAUAGUAAAUGAGAUGUAAAGCAAAGCGAUCAUGAAAUGGAUGAAUUUAGUAAUGUAUACUAUAACAUGCGAGUAGAUUUGUAUAUUCAUUUUUUAGUCAACGUCUAUAACUUGUUUGCUUCUCAUUUGUGUUUUAUAGCCUGAAAACUUCUAGUCAGAUUAGCUGGAAGACAUUCAUAUCUGUGAAAGAAUAUACAGUUAUACAGUUGUGCAAAUUUUUGUGAAAAUCUGAAAAUUAUAAGGAUACUUAGAUUUAGUAAUUAUUAUUUGAAACUUUGAGGACAAUCCAUAGUUAAAUACAUGUUUUAUGAACUAAUGAAUACAAGAAGUUCUUAUUACAAUGCGCUUUAUAAAGUGUUUAGGCUGUAUUGAAAGAAAAUAAGUGAGAUAAAGUGUCCUCACAAUAUGUCUGAAAAAUCCAAGUGUGCACGCACACACAACAACACACACACACACACACACACACACACACACACACACACACACACACACACACACACACACACACACACACACA